GUGACUUAUCUGAUAUAUAGAACCAGCCCUACCGUCUAGAAUUCAGUGAGAUUAUUAUGUACAAACCUGUGUUGCUGAACACUGCUGAGGCCACUUUUCAUGGAUUAUCCUAAAUUCAACUCUUAACUCCGAGAACAUUUUUUUUUCCUCUAUAUCACUGACCAUACUUAGGGUUGUUGUGGUGUUUUUUUGGUUUUGUUGUUUGGUUUUUUUGCAUCAUUUGUAAAACUGUGUGGCUUCUUCAGGGAAUUAUGAAAUGCAAAUAUGACAUUCUACUGCUACUACCGUUUUGAGGCACUUUAUCCAAUUUAAAAAUCUGCUUAGAAGGAGUUUGGGGGGGGGGGGGGGAAGAAUUGGUUGAAAAAAAUAACCCAAGGAUUUGUAACCAAUUUUAAGGAGGCAAGCUUAAAUAAAUAAUGUUACCAUCUUAAAAUUUCUGUUUUCCGGAAUCAUGGCAGCUAAUGAACAGAAGAUUGUACUACAAAACAACAUUUCUGAAACUGAAAGUCAAGCAAUGUCUACUAAUUUAAAAUACCUUUCCCUGGGGAUCUUGGUCUUUCAGACCACUAGUUUAGUUUUGACUAUGCGAUAUUCUCGGACAUUGAAAGAGGAAGGACCUCGUUACUUAUCCUCUACUGCAGUAGUUGUUGCUGAAUUUUUGAAGAUUAUGGCCUGCAUUUUAUUGGUCUACAAAGACAGCAAGUGCAAUUUACGGGCUCUGAACAGAGUGCUACAUGAUGAAAUCCUUAACAAGCCUAUGGAAACACUUAAACUUGCUAUUCCAUCAGGGAUUUAUACUCUCCAAAAUAACUUGCUGUAUGUAGCACUGUCAAAUCUAGAUGCAGCCACUUAUCAGGUCACAUAUCAAUUAAAAAUUCUUACUACAGCAUUAUUUUCUGUGUCCAUGCUAAGUAAGAAAUUAGGUGUAUACCAAUGGUUAUCAUUAGUGAUUUUGAUGACGGGAGUUGCAUUUGUACAGUGGCCCUCAGAUUCUCAAGCAACAACUACUAAAGAGUUGUCAGCAGGAUCUCAAUUUGUUGGUCUUAUAGCAGUCCUUAUAGCCUGCUUUUCAAGUGGAUUUGCUGGGGUUUAUUUUGAGAAAAUUUUAAAAGAAACCAAACAGUCUGUCUGGAUCAGAAACAUCCAACUUGGAUUUUUUGGUAGCAUAUUUGGAUUGAUGGGUGUGUACAUAUAUGAUGGAGAACUUCUGUCAAAGAAUGGAUUUUUUCAAGGAUAUAACAAACUUACCUGGAUAGUUGUAGUUCUACAGGCACUGGGAGGCCUUGUGAUUGCUGCUGUUAUAAAAUAUGCAGACAAUAUUUUGAAAGGAUUUGCAACAUCUUUGUCAAUUAUAUUGUCAACAUUGAUCUCCUAUUUCUGGCUGCAAGAUUUUGUCCCAACCAGUGUCUUUUUCUUUGGAGCCAUUCUUGUGAUAGCAGCUACAUUCCUAUACGGUUAUGAUCCAAAACCUGCAAGCAAUCCUAUCAAGGCAUAGCAGAUUUCGUGAUCAGCCUGUUUCUCAAGACUGUGCAUUAGGGACCUCAACAAGAAUUCCUUAUGAAAGAUUUCAUCAUGCACUGGAAGGAAAGGAUCACUACACUGAAUCUGAGCAAGAACAUGCUAAUGGUUUUGGAGAACCCAAGAGUUAAAGACAGAAGAUAAUGUAUGUAAAGCUGAUGAAAAAAAAAUAAAGGGGAAAGCCUAGUGCAAGUUGCUUAUAAAAACUUGAAAGGAACAAAAUGUUUCCAAGUAACUACAAUUAGGAAUGUUUACAGCUUGAACUUGAGGUUAUAUUAGAUGAUUUUACUGUUUUGAUUGCUGCAGAAAUAUAUCCUAUGCACUCUUUGCAAGAGCACAUGACAAUAUUUGUCAGACUGUAUCUGUUUUUGCAAAUUGAUUAUAUUUAAUGUUAGUAAAUGUUUUUAACUGUUUGUCUAUAGAGAUCAAAUUGAAUAUAAUGGUUUUGAUUAGGGGUUCCAUAUUAAAGCUGUGAAUACUGUGAUUGAAAGACAUUUUCACACAUAUCCAAGAUCUUUAUAUUUAUGGAAGGCUGAUUUUAAUAAACAGAAAUCUGAAUUCUGUUGCUUAACUAUAUAAAGUUUUUAUAAGGUCAAGGUUCUGACCUAAAUCUGUAAAAAAGAGAAAUUCAAAGUUGGGGCUAGACAUUCCAAACUUAACUAAGAUGGUCACUAGUUUUAUAAGCCAUCUAAUAACUCCACAUGAACACCUGCCAUAGAUUCCAGCAAUUACCCGGCACAAUGGCAUUGGUGUUAAAGAUGGAGUGCUUGCUUGGAUAACAUUCAUUCUUUUAUCCCUAUUGAUAUAAAUCAACUUCUGAGUAUUACCUUAAAAUAGUUUUUAUGGUUUGUUUCCUUUGGAGAUUUUUUUUUUAAAUUGUAUGUUUUUGUUUUUUGGAAACCUUAACAAAUAAAUGUUUUAAAUUAUUAUUAUCUUUUACAGCUUGUUUUGGAUCCAUUAUGGUAUAUACCAUAAUGUACCAUAUUACAAAGGUUUUUUUAAAUGGGUGUUAACUCAUACGAACUCCUCCAAGGCUGUUUCAGUACAUUUUUAUAUAAUGGCUUGCUUAGAGAUUUUUUUGUUUCCAGUGUCACUGAACCAAUAGCUAAAUGAAUCUUCUGGAGCUAUUCAGUCUAGUGUUAGAAUUACAUAAUUAGGAAACAUGGUGAUUAUAGUAAACAAGAAAAUCAUGGAAAAUAGUUACUUUGUAAUAGAUAAAUAAAAACAUAUAAUCUUUUUUUACCUAAAAAUACCAAAAGCAAUUAGACCAUGUUAUGGACAAAUCUCUUGCUAAAUUAUUUACAUAUACCUAUUUGUUCCACUCAUAUUGUUCCUCUUCCCCACCCCCCCAACCUUCCCCAAAAGCUUAAAAAUAAAUUGUUUUCAUAAGAUCUUUUAUGACAAGUAUUAAUGUGGAGUGACUCCUCAUCUAAGUAUUACACUUGUGAAAAUAUAAAUUUUUAAUAGAAAUGUUGACAGUCCCUUACCUGUAGCAUCACAGAUAGUGGAAAAUCAAAGUAUUUAAUGUCACACAUGUACGGGUCAGCAGAAAUUAAAAUUGUUAUGACAAAAGAGUUUUAAAAAAUGUUUACCAGAGUAUUGCAACCAGUUUUCCAAAAUGUUUUAGUAAUGGACUAAUAGAGAAUUCCACAGAAAAUGUGGUAAAAUGCCAUGAGAUUUUAAAGUAAACUAUUAUAACGGAGAAGGCAAAAAUCAUUAUUUUCAGCAGGUAAGAAUAAUGAUUUUUUCUAGGUAACAAUAUGGAUUUGACUUUAAUCGAACUUUUGUGUUUACUACUAGGGAAAUAGAAUAGAGGACUCCCAAAGUGCAUGCAAUUGGUUGAACUAGAGAUACUAUUGGCUCUAAGAUCUGUGGAUAAUUGUUAUGCUCUGAUCUCCAGAUCACGGAAUAUCAUACCUUCAAGACCAAUCUUAUAGGUUUCAUAAAGUGAUUUACAAACUGGAUCACUUCACUCACCACUGAAAUGCACUGCUGAGGUAAAGUGUGGUAACUAGCAAUGCACAGCAAUACUUACAUAGCAGUUUAGGACAGGAA